GCUGGACACACACAUACUCUCUCUCUCUCGUCCUUUCUAUUUCUAAUCAUUCAUACAUACGAAGGCAUCCAGAACCUCCACCAUCCGACCCGCCUUCCAACUUUCCUUCAUUUUCUCUCAGGUUCCUGGAAAAUUUAAGCUCCUCCACUUCUUCCCCCUUCCUCCUUCCAUUACCCGAGACGGAGAGACCGCAAAGAUGACGUCUUUAACUUCUCUCGCCGUCUUUCUUCUUGUCCUCCAUCUGGGCUUGUACCACGUUCCCUCCGCUGCCACCGGAGAUGGCAGACAACGGCGUGCUACUUACAUCGUUCACAUGGCGAGAUCCCAGAUGCCAGCGAGUUUCGACCACCACUCCCACUGGUACGACUCGUCUCUCAGAUCUGUCUCUGACUCGGCCGAGUUGCUCUACACAUACGACAACGCGAUUCACGGGUUCUCGACUCGGCUAACCCCCGAGGAGGCCGAGUCGCUCACCGGUCAACCCGGUGUCAUCUCAGUCCUCCCGGAGCUCCGGUACGAGCUCCACACGACCCGCACUCCGCUUUUUCUCGGCCUGGACCAUAACGCGGAUCUGUUCCCGCAAUCGGACUCGGCUACUGACGUCGUCGUUGGAGUUCUCGACACCGGAGUCUGGCCGGAGAGCAAGAGCUUCGACGACUCUGGGUUUGGUCCCGUGCCGAGUGGUUGGAAAGGCGCGUGCGAAACCGGCACGAACUUUAGCGCUUCGAGCUGUAACCACAAACUCAUCGGAGCGAGAUUCUUCGCCAGAGGUUAUGAGGCCACGAUGGGUCCCAUCGAUGAAUCCAAGGAAUCUAAAUCUGCCAGAGACGACGAUGGCCAUGGGACCCACACGUCGUCGACGGCGGCCGGAUCUAUCGUGGAAGGAGCCAGUCUCUUGGGUUACGCGGCGGGGACGGCGCGUGGGAUGGCUCCACGCGCUCGAGUGGCUGUGUACAAAGUGUGUUGGCUCGGCGGCUGUUUCAGCUCCGACAUUCUAGCAGCGAUUGAUAGAGCUAUCGAGGACGGUGUCAACGUCUUGUCCAUGUCUCUCGGCGGGGGCAUGUCCGAUUACUACAGGGACAGCGUGGCCAUUGGAGCUUUUGCCGCCAUGGAAAAGGGUAUCUUAGUCUCCUGCUCCGCCGGCAAUGCGGGUCCCAGUUCAUUCAGCUUAUCGAACGUUGCUCCGUGGAUCACCACUGUCGGCGCAGGCACACUGGACCGUGAUUUCCCGGCCCAAGUCACGUUCGGCAACGGCAAGAACUAUUCCGGCGUGUCUUUGUUCAAAGGAGAUGCCUUGCCGGCUAAACUGCUGCCCUUUGUCUACGCCGGUAAUGCGAGUAACGCCACCAACGGCAAUCUGUGCAUGACCGGAACCCUAAUUCCGGAGAGAGUGAAAGGUAAGAUCGUGAUGUGCGACAGGGGAGUUAAUGCUAGGGUUCAGAAGGGGCAAGUGGUGAAAGAUGCUGGAGGCAUCGGAAUGAUCCUCGCCAACACGGCGGCGAACGGAGAAGAGCUUGUGGCAGAUGCCCAUCUGUUACCGGCCACCGCCGUCGGUGAGAAAUCUGGCGACGAAAUCCGGGAAUACGUCUUAACCAAUCCUAACCCUACGGCCACAAUCGUCUUCGAAGGAACCGUCGUCGGGAUCCAGCCGUCACCGGUGGUAGCCGCGUUCAGCUCGAGGGGACCGAACUCGAUCACGCCAGAGAUUCUGAAACCAGAUUUGAUCGCGCCGGGUGUCAACAUCCUCGCAGCCUGGACCGGAGAAGCCGGACCCACAGGUCUAGCCGCCGACGAGCGGCGCGUGGGGUUCAACAUCAUCUCGGGGACGUCGAUGUCCUGCCCGCACGUGAGCGGCUUGGCCGCGCUCCUAAAGGCAGCUCAUCCGGACUGGAGCCCGGCGGCGAUCCGCUCCGCCCUCAUGACAACCGCCUACAGCUCCUACAAAGACCAGAAGCCAAUCCUCGACGUGGCGACCGGAAAGUCAUCGACGCCGUUCGACCACGGCGCCGGACACGUGUCGCCGGUAAACGCGAUUAACCCCGGCCUCGUCUACGAUCUGUCGGCGGAGGAUUACAUCGGAUUCCUGUGCGCGUUGAAAUACACGGCGUCGCAGAUCAAGAGCGUGGCGAGGAGCAACUUCACCUGCGAUCCAAGCAAGACGUACAGCGUCACCGAUCUGAACUACCCGUCGUUCGCGGUCAACAUCGACACGACGCGGAGUGGGACCCGCGCGUAUAAGUACACGCGCACCGUGACGAGCGUGGGUGGAGCCGGGACGUACAGAGUGAAGAUAUCUUCGGAGACAACAGCGGUCAAGAUUGCGGUUGAACCGGCGGUUUUGAGUUUCAAAGAAGUGAACGAGAAGCAAUCGUAUACGGUCACUUUCACCGUAAGCUCGUCAUCUGCCCCGACAAGUAAUAGCUUCGGGAGAAUCGAGUGGUCCGAUGGGAAACACGUGGUUGGGAGUCCCGUGGCAUUUAGCUGGACAUAGUGCGUAAAUAUGUCAAACUUGGAAGGAGUGACUUGGAAAUGCCGCUUUUUCUUUUAAAACCAUGUUUGAAGAAAACGGCGUGCAGUCCGUUAGCUUAUCCGUUUGUUUUUAGAAAUUCUUGCCGUUUCUCUCUCUAAACAUGACCCCCAGCCAUAAAAGAUGGCUCUUCUUGGUAUUUUGUUUAUGUUACUUUGCAUAUUCUAUCAUGAAAAAGAUAAAAAUUGAAAGAAAAGGUUAAUACCCACAAUUUCUUGUA